CGCCCUGAGGUGCGGGCCGGGGCGCGGCGGGCGGAGCGGGCGGGUUUGAAUCGGUGCCGCUCCCGGUGCGGGUCCGGGCGGUGCCAUGGACUUCUCGGAGCUGUUCAAGCUCUCUGGGCUGCUCGGCAGGUUCUCUCCCGACGGGAAGUGCUUGGCUUCCUGUGUGCAGUACCGGCUGAUCAUUCGGGAUGUGAACACCCUCCAGAUCCUUCAGCUGUACACUUGCCUGGACCAGAUUCAGUACAUAGAAUGGUCGUCUGAUUCUCUUUUCAUAUUGUGUGCCAUGUACAAGCGAGGGAUUGUUCAGGUCUGGUCCUUGGAGCAGCCAGACUGGCACUGUAAGAUAGAUGAAGGGUCAGCAGGAUUGGUGGCUUCAUGUUGGAGUCCGGAUGGUCGUCACAUUCUCAAUACAACGGAGUUUCAUCUGCGGAUAACUGUGUGGUCCUUGUGUACAAAAUCUGUAUCUUACAUCAAGUAUCCCAAAGCUUGUCAGCAAGGAAUAGCUUUCACCAAGGAUGGCCGCUAUAUGGCAGUAGCAGAAAGACGUGACUGCAAGGACUUUGUCAGCCUCUUUGUGUGCAGUAACUGGCAGCUGCUGAGGCAUUUUGACACUGAAACACAAGAUCUGUUUGGGAUUGAGUGGGCUCCCAAUGGCUGUGUUCUGGCAGUGUGGGAUACAUGUCUUGAGUACAAAAUAUUGCUGUACUCCCUUGAUGGCAGACUGCUGUCCACAUAUCAGGCUUAUGAAUGGUCGUUAGGCAUAAAAUCCAUUGCCUGGAGUCCCAGCAGUCAAUUUUUGGCAAUUGGCAGCUAUGAUGAAAAGGUGCGUAUCUUGAACCAUGUAACGUGGAAAAAGAUCACAGAGUUUGAACAUCCAGCAACUGUUACUAACACAAAGACUAUUGUGUAUAAAGAAGUGGAGAAAUCCCCAUCUGUUGAAACAGAGAGAUUUUCUUUCCCUCCGACAAGAGCAUUGGCUAGUUCUGUCUUCAGCACACAAAGUAAAUAUGACAUUUCCCAGGUGCCAGUCUCUUUCCAGUACAUCAAACCAGUUGCUGAUAGGGCUAAUCCCAAAAUGGGGAUUGGGAUGUUGGCAUUCAGUCCUGAUAACUGUUUCCUGGCAACCAAAAAUGAUAACAUUCCUAAUGCUGUCUGGAUCUGGGACAUUCAAAAACUGAAACUGUUUGUAGUGUUAGAGCAGCUGUGUGCCAUCCAGUCCUUCCAGUGGGAUCCACGACAACCUCGACUUGCUGUAUGUACAGGAAACAGCAAAGUCUACCUAUGGUCCCCAGCUGGAUGUGUGUCAGUACAAGUUCCAACAGAAGGUAAAGAAGGUGAUUUCCAGAUUGUUUCCCUCUGCUGGCAUCCUAGUGGAGAUUCCAUGGCACUUCUGAGUAAGGAUAACUUUUGUGUGUGUUACUUAGAAAGAGAAGAAGUGAAAUAACUCUCAGAUGCAUUGAAGUGCUCUCAAAUCUGAGGAAGAAUGAGGAAAGGGGUCAAACUCCAAUCUGAAGUGUUUCUAUUUAUAAAUUAUUUAUUUGAAGGAGCAUAAUCAAACUCCAAUCCAUAAGGUGCUGUGAGUGUAUCUGAAUGACAUUGCAUCUAAAGUGUGGAAAACAAAGUCUGGAUUUUAAGACUUCAGUUUUGAUGUAAUUGAACUUUCUUGCUGAUUCUGUGAACUAUGGAGUGUUUUUUCUAACAUUGUAGCUGAAUGUACAUAAUGUAUAGAUAUUAUUUAAAUUUGAUAAUUUCCAAUAAAUAUUUUGAUAAUUACAAACUUAGUGUGAAUGUAACUAAAAAAAAUGCCAUUAAUUUGACAGCCUCAGUCUCUGCAAAAUGAAUAAUGACUAAGUUGGGGACAUUUAACUUUACUGAAAGGUAACAAUGAAGCAGAUACCUUAGAGAAUGCAGUGAGAGGUGCAUGCCACUUGUUGCAUUCCACUGUUUCAGCUUUGUGUAAGUUUCAGAAACACAGAUCAAACUCAAAAAGCUACUGCAGCACAGUAUUUAUUCAGCAUUGCAGCUGUGCAGACAAAUAUUCCCAUAAAACCAUAUUUGUAGAUCACAGACAAUGACAAAGCUUGUUACAGUAACCUCAGGAGCACUUGUGGUUAUAGUAUCUCUCCCCUGCUUCUGAAAUUCAGUACUGGAGGCUUGUAUGAGGUUAAAUGUAAGAAUGUAUAAAUCAAGAUUGACAUAAACUGCUUAAAGUUCUGUCUGUUUCUGUUAGGAGGUCCCGUGCUGCUGCUGUGCCAAACUAGAGUGGAUUUAAGAAAAUUGCUAUGAAUAUAAAUGUGAUCAAAGUAGGGUUAUUCUUAAAACCAUUCCUACAAAUAACAGUUCUGAAGGCAAAAGUUUGCAGUGCUUUUGGCAACGCUCUCAGACAGUCUUUAUGGCUACAGCAAAAGAUGGUACGAAAUGGCAAGUCAGAUUCAGUUGAGAGAAGGAGCUACUUUUACAAAAAGCUAGUAAUGUAUGUUCAGCCAUGUGCCUUUUGACAAAGAAAUAGUUCACGUUCCCUGCUUCUGAGCACAUGUAGCAGUACAGCUGUAACAAGAUGUGCUGGCUCUUUUGCUAAAGAAUGCCUGCUAUGAGUCCUGAAAGCUGUGUCAGUCAGUCAUCAAUAUGCUAAGAUCACUGUAACUGGGAGACACUGAAACCUCUUUAAGCAAUACAGAUCAAUCCCAAGCACACCACGUGAUUUAGGGCACAACUGUCAUAUGGCACAGUAUCUUGGACAUUGUUUGCAGCAGAUACUGAUUGCACAGAUUAACAGGGAAGAAUGUGCAGUUAGAAAU